AUGGGGAUAAACCUUGAGAAAGCCCUGGCAUUUCCACUAGCCCCAGUUGCAAUUGCCUUGAGCACUGCUGAUGGUGGCAUAAGGAAGACUGUGAAGAGUAAGCUUUAUCAAGCUUGCAUGGACGAUUUGACAAUCCUGAGUGUUGACGAUUUGCCAAGAAGAGAAUUGCUGAAGACAUACUUCUUGGAUCUCGCUGCCGCCAUAAGAAGUUUGAUAGGCCAUAUGAACACGAUCAGAGAUAUGGCUAUGGCGAUUCUGAAAACAAUACCUAAGCAGUAUUCGAAAAUAUUCAUUGUCUGUGACACAUACAAUGAAGAUAGCAUUAAAAAAGGAGAGCGGGUUGCACGGGGAAGCAGUGAGAGGUAUUUGCUAAAUAGUCCAUAUAUGAAAGUUCCAUAAGAUAUGAAAGUUCUAUAAAGAGUCCCUCUUCAACCUAAUUGAACGUGGCAUUGACGAAGGAAAAGAAGAUUUGCAUGACAAAACCGUGUUUUUCUCAAAUGUAUCACACUGCAGAAAAAUCACAAGCGGUGGCUCUUUCGUGACAGAUGAGCUUUUUAGUGAUCACGAGGAAGCGGACACGAAGCUUGUUGCCUUGGUACAAGCCGCUGAUGUUGCUUCUGGAGAGGCAGUUAUGGUGAGAUCGCCAUCUGGAGACAUUGAUAUUCUGGCACUAUUCUUAGCACAUGAUUUUGGCGAUAAUUGUGUCUUCGUCGACAAUGGAACUGGCAAAAGUCGCAAGGUAAUAGACAUCUCGUCUUCCACUCUACCAAGUAACCAAAAACAGGCAAUGAUUGGUCUCCAUGCAUUUUCAGGCAAUGAUUAUGUCUCAAGCUUUUUCAGGAAGGGAAAGAUUGCGUUUUGGAAAGCAAUGCUGAAGAGGACUGAGUUUAUUGAACUAUUCGCUAGACUAGGAGUCACUACUAAUUUAUCAAACAGCAGUGCACGACAGAUUGAAAAAUUUGUCUGCUUCCUCUAUGGAGAUAAAAGGUUCGAGUCGGUAGACGAACUACGAUACAAAAUUUUUUCUCAAAAAAUCGAAAAGUCGUCAAAUUUAGUCUAUUGCCUCCUUGCAAAGCAAACCUCCAACUCCACACAAUUCGCGCAAAUUAUGUUGUCCAGAUGUACCGCCAGGCAAAAUAAUUGGUGAUGAACCUCGACAAUCCAGAUAACCACAGAUGGGAUGACCAAGGGAACGUAAUUUGGAGCAAUAUUUGCUACCCAGAAGAUUUAUCAGAACUGCCAGUUGAUAUGGAAGACAAAGAUGUGGCUGAAACUGAAUUUGAUGACGAUUUUCUUGGCGAUGACGACUUUCUUGGAGAUGACUUCGAAGAAGACAUUUGA